AUGUGGAUCUUACCGCUGGUGGGAUACCUGGGGUCAAUAGUAGGCUUCUGCUUCUUGACCUUAGCAAUUGCCUCUGGUCUCUACUAUCUAUCCGAACUCGUCGAGGAGCACACCGUCAUCGCCAAACGCCUCCUGACGCAACUCAUCUAUGCAGUCAUCGUUCUGCAAGUGAUAUUAUGUAUCAUCGACAGGUUCCCUUUCCUCCUUGGCCUCAUGGUCAUCGGGUCCCAUGUGGUCUACCUGGGAAACAUGAAGCGUUUCCCUUUCGUUAGGCUGACUGACCCCUUGUUCCUUGCAUCUUGUGUGUUGGUGCUCAUCAACCACUACUUCUGUUUCCGCCACUUCUCGACCCUCCAACAGCAGUCAUAUUCUCGCAUGACGUCCAUGUAUGAUCAACCAGAUGUGCCGACCUUCAGCGAGAUCGCCUCGUAUUUUGGGCUGUGCGUAUGGCUCAUUCCAUUCGCCCUGUUCGUAAGCCUGUCCGCCAGCGACAACGUUUUGCCGACAAUGGGAAGUACGGAUCGAGCGGCAGACUCCGAGGGCAAGAACAAGCGGCAGAGUAUCAUCAAGGUCGUUGUCGAUAGCGUCCUUGACGGCAUCGCAGAGGUAACUCGAAUGUUCGGAUUGAAGAAGAAGGACGAUCGCUUCUAG